GCAGUACUGUGAGGUUAUGUGAAAAUGGAAUCGGAGGAAUUAAUAGAUUGUUAUUUGGAAUUGUCCAAAGAUCCUGUAAGAUUCGAAGCGGUUAAUCAGUUAACGAACGUGUUUUUCGAUGACUCUAACAAAGAUGUAUUUGCUGUUCGAUCUGGGGGCGUUAUGGGGGUCGUAGUUAAAGGACCAAGUAACCAACACAAACCCCUAAAAUUUCGUAUGGAAGACCAUGGCCCAGUUCUAUCAAUAAAGUUCUCCUUAGACCACAAAAUAUUGGCUGUUCAACGAACAAACAAUUCUGUCGAAUUUAUGAAUUUCAAUGGGGAUUCCAUAGAAGCCGAAUAUUCUCAGCCGUCGAAAAAAAGUUCAAACAUUCUGGGAUUUGUGUGGGUUAAUACAAAUGAGGUGGCUUAUAUUACGGAUCAUGGAGUGGAGUUGUAUAUGGUUAUCUCUGAAAAAAAGUCUCUUAAAUUUUUGAAAACAACUUCUAUUGCUGUUCAAUGGUUUGUUUGGUGUUCUUUGAAUAAAAUUGCGUUGUUGGCUUCUGCACAUGGUUCCAUACUUCAGCCAGUUGUGCUUAGUGGGGGGUCUAUAAGUAAACUUCCAAAAGUUGAGACUGAGCCAGGUAGGAUGGCCCUAGAAAGAGAUGUAACUUUGGCCACUUUAUAUGGAGUACCAGCAGUUUUAAUCCUCAGACAUCAGAGUGGGCCACAAACUGCAGAGGUGCAUGUGCAUACAUUAAGUGGGCCUGGACAGGCACCUGUUAAAAGUCAUGUUUUAAAACUUGGAUUAUCAGGAAGAUUUGCUAUUAAUGUAGUGGAUGAUCUCAUUCUAGUUCAUCACCAAGCUUCCAGGAGUUCCAAAGUAUUUGAUACAGCAUUGUCAGGAGAGACUGAUGGUACUGUAAGGUACCAUACCUCAAUUGCUCCAGCAAAAUCAUUUAAACCAGCAACUUUAGAUAUACCUGGUUUGGUUGAACCACAAACUCAUGAUUGUGAACUUUAUUCACCCAAUUGGGUUGUAUUUCAACCAAAUGUAGUAAUAGAUGCAAAAUUAGGAUGCUUAUGGCAUAUUUAUUUAUGCUUACCUGAAUUUAGUAGACUUAUUCCAGAUUUAAGCAUUUGUACUCAAGUAACAUUAAAGAGAACUGAUGCCAAAGAGGUUCUCCUAAAGAUUUUAUUAGAAAGCAUUAAACAAGAAAAACCCGACCUCUACAAAAUUCAAGAAGCUUUUAACCAUAUAAACAGCGUUUACCGUUCUUGGGCAGAUGAAACAGUGCUAAAUCAAAUGGCCAAUUCUCCUGGAGUGCCCAUACCAUCAAGAACCACGCCAAAUACACGUGUAUUAAUUGACCAAGAAGACAUAUUUGAUGGUAUUUUCGUUAAAUUAGAUAACGAGGAUGAUUUAGGGAAACUUGAAUGGGUCUUGCUUAGUUAUAUCACUAGCUUGGCUGAGUAUGGUAUUGCAGUGAAUCAUAACUUAAAUGAACUCACUGUCACUACCUUGGCUCGACGAGAAAAAUUCACAGCUCUUCAACAAUUCCUCCAAUAUGGCGUAGUCAGCGACUCAAAACCACUGGCAUGUUUGCUAUUGUCGCUGGGCAACAUGCAUCCAGCCGCAUUGCAGAUGGCGCUGGAUAUGCUGGCCAGAAUUGAUGCCAAAGAAGAGAUUCAGGAGGUUUUGUUAAGCGAGGGACAAAUUUUAUCAGCACUUAAAUUAGCGGGCGAAUCAGCAAAUCCAAGAAAAUUCUUGAGCGCUGCUGAAAGCGCAAACGAUAAUACCUUGUUUCAUAGCGUACUUUUUCAUUUUAGAAAUAGUCCGCAGUUUGCUGCUACCUUUAAAAAAGAUGAAAGACUUAUAAAGUUUGUUCAACAUUACACUACAAUAUUCCAAGAUAUGUAAAGCUUUAAUUUAUAAAUUAUACAGGGUGUUUAAAAAAACAUGCGCUA